UAUGUGACACCUUCAAGUUCAAGUUGCACUGCAGUAAGUAGGGUGGCUGAGAUCCCAGCCCGAUAUAGUAGAUCUGUGGCGCCGGUUGGGCGCCCCCUGCGUAUCCUACUUGGCGGCGGCAGUGCAGGGCGCUGCGCUGCAUACGCUGGGACUUAUAUCUAGGCCGCAAUGCAUUGGACCCGGAUCCUUGUCCACAUCUACGCCGAUGCGAACCACAGGCAACUGUGCAUAUAUACCACGUUCCAACAGCUCUGUACUGCGGCAUAUCACAGGCCAUGGCUGUUCCCACAGAAAACGCUGCUACUAUAACGAAACAACAUCCCUUCCAGCGCGCCUUCGAGGCAUAUCUGAAAGGCCUCGACGAGAAAGCCAAGGCCAAAGACUUCUUCGCCCGAUAUUGCAGCGAAGAUAAACUACAGGACCCGCAAAGCGUCAACCGUGAUAUGAAGGAAAAGGUUGAUGAACGCCGGUCAAAAUCAUCGGCCACCGGCAAGAUUCUGCAAACUCUAGCGGGUACCCAGAAAACCUUCGACGGAGUUGUGAAUGCUCUGACAUCACUCGAUCCUACAAAUGUGUCAGGGGCGGUGUGGGCGUGUGUAUCCGUUCUCGCGAAAACUGUUGAUUCUUAUGUCAAGGUUCCCGAGAAGAUAUCCAAAGCGCUGACUCUCCUGGGCGACGACUUGAAAAGGAUCGCAACAUACGGCCGCAUCCUCGGUGAAUCAUUGGAUCUUGAAGAUGCAUUUUUUCAGUCUUUCUUCGACAUGUUCCGCUUCUGGAGCAGGGUCUUUCGGGAGCUUGGCCGUCAUAGAAUCACUAGCAUCUUAUCGGCCCUUGUUCUCCCGGCAGAUAGGUUUGAUGAUAUCAUUGCUGCCAUGCGGACGAAUGCCGAAAUCUUGGAGAAACAAUUCGAGCGUGUCAAGGAAGAACGUGAGUUCAUGGAGAGAUCAGAGAAAGCAAUACGAAGUUUCUUGGGGCAACCUAUCUCUACAGGAGGACCCACGUUUGUUACCAACAGCCGCCAACUGUCGGCCAUCGAGGAUCAGUGUUGCGCAUGGAUCUUUGAGGAUCCUACGUACCAGGCAUGGAGGAAGGGUGAGAUGGAUUCCACAGUCCCCACCGCGCUGUGGGUCUAUGCGCCACCAGGAUCCGGCAAGACUACACUCUGCGAGAGGGUAGUACGUGCCGUCCGGGAAGAGCAGCCCUCCGUUGCGGUGGCAUCACAUUUCUUCCGAUUUGAUCAAACCUUCACGACUCUUGAUAUCCUGAAGUCCAUCGCUGUACAGCUCUGGGAAUUCUGGGCAUCACAGCACUACCCGGAUUCACAUUCGCUCCUCCCCACGCUGUCCCGUCUCGCAGAUGACAAGACGAAAGAUGCGGCCUCCCGGGUUCGGUCGAUCUUGGACACACUUGUUCAGGCACUACCUACAGUCUACUUCUUUAUCGACGGAGUAGAUGAAGAGGCAGCAAAGGCGGUGAACGAUACUCUACACCGAGACACUUUGGCUGCUCCUGAUGCUCGGAGUAUUCUGGACGUGAUCGAACGCUUCAUUUCAUCCGAUAAAAAUCGACGUGUCCAUCUCUGGAUCAGCUCACAGGACGUCUCCUACACUAGGAAGAAACUCGAGAACUAUACUCAAUUCGAUAUCAAACACGCAGUCCAAGCGGGAAUCAGGUGCUACCUAACCCGAUCUAUCCUCGACCCCGCCGUUGUGCCACUAGCAGCGGCCGAGCGAGAGUCCAUCCUACAACGACUCAUGAAGCGCGUGGAGAGUAACUUCUUAUGGGCACAUCUCAUGGUCGUCGAGCUGAAGAAGGCUACCAACUCAGCGGAGAUUAACCAGAUUUUGGAGGACGGGAGAGCAGAUGAGCUAGACGAGUAUUACGCAAGGUUUCUUGACAGCUUGAAGCUACUGCCGAGCAACAAAGCCUCAAUCUCACGCGACGUUUUAUCCCUAGUAACAUUUGCGAGGCGACCACUGACGGUCGGAGAGAUACAAGAAGCCAUCGCAAUACUCAACAGCAAAGUUGGGUAUCUUGACGACUCGCGCAAGCCAUUUCUGUCCACGCUCCUCAGCAUUCUCUCGCCUCUGAUCGAGGUCGGGCAUGAACGUCACCCGGGUGGCGUACGUGCUGGUUCAGCUUCACCGUCUCCGAGUCUUGUGCCUGGGCCAGGAGACCAAGGCUACGACGAUCUAAAGAAAACGUGCCGGCUGUUCCAUUCUACCCUCUUCGACUUCUUACACAGACAGGCAGAGCUUCUCUACGAUGGCUCAGACAUGGACGAGGAUAACCGACGCCGCCACGCCAUUACUACUCCGAGUCCAAACUUUCGCAUUUCCCCGCUACGAAUCGCAGACGCCUGUCUCCUUUACCUCACUCAGACCAGGUACUUGCAGUUGCUCAGGCGGCGGGAUGACACAUGGGUCGACGCAGGAGAUCAACCUGUAUCUGCCCAUCACUUCCUCACGUACAGUGCGAAGAACUGGGACAAACACCUCGAUCUAGUCAGUCCAAACAGCAACAACUAUGACUAUGAUCCUUCACCUGGCGCCAUUGCUGGCGAGGUCCCGCAGAUCAUGGAACAGUUCCGCUCACGUGUGGAGGACUUCAUUCAUUCGGCGAAGUUCCGCACCUGUAUGCAGGUACAAAGCCUAUGGAUUGAUGCCUCGUUCAGCCACUACAGUGUACGCAGCGACAAGGACCACCAGCUCUGGCUUCGACGCAUUCUUCCCCGAUUCAUCGUGGCCUCCGAUAGCAAGUAUCACACGUACUACCAUCGCUUCUGGUGGGAUUGGUAUCCAUUUCUAUCGUGCGCAACUUGCGACAACCCUAGAUGCCACUUCCGGUCGUGUGCAGGAGAGAUAGAUCGUUGCUGGUGGAGGUGCCUUGGUUCCGGCGGGGACUUCUUGACUACGCUGGAUAGCCGCUACUUCUGUUUCCGAUUUGAGGCGACGGCGCAAACGAGGGAAUCGCUGUCCGGAGCCUACGUCUGCGACUUCCAGACUGCAUUCGCCACUCAAGACAGUGUACGCAUUUUGCAACUCACAUCAGCAGCAGAUGCCAGUCAGCUCCGUUUCCAUCUCGAAACAUGGAGCUACAGCACCGACAAGUCACCAAUAUUGCAGAAAUCCCAAGACUUACUGAUUAGCGACACUAUGUGCGAUGCGGCGCUCUAUGCUACGUCCGACUCGGAGUCCAUGUCCAGCGGUGCGAGAUCAUUCAGCAUCUGCGAACCGGGCGGUGGUGCCCCGCUGGCUUCUUUCAGCAACAAUGGUCAAUAUCUUCGCAUUGGCACGCAGAUAUUCACCGCUGAGUGCACUGGCGAGUACCGUGCGUUCAUUGGCACGGGCAUGAACAACAUCGGAUACAUUGAAGAGUUCGAAGGCCAUGAUGGCAUUGCCGUUGUUGCUAGCCGGCGACGGCGGGUGGCGCCUACUAUGUCCAACGCUCGCAGGCACUCUUUGUAUCCGGAUGCAAGCCUGGGCCAAUUGACAGGUAUUCCCUGUGCUGCCGUCGAGGACUCUGACUCGGAAUCGCCCGAUAGUGACACCGAGGAUGAUGCGUCCAUCUCAUCAGAGUCUUCUGGCAAUUACGAGGAUGGCGGAUAUGAGACUUGGAGUGAGUGUUCUUCUGCACUCACCGGGUCCGAAGACGAUUUGUAUGCGGAAUAUCCCAUGGAUCAUGACAGGGCGCACUUGACUCUGAAUGAAGAUGGCGAUGACCAAGUGCCCUCCAGUGGCUACGACUUACAAGAUCACGGUUGGCCAGCAAGAACGCAUACAAUCGGAUCCAGUAUCGGAGACGUGGAUACCGGCUCAGCAAGCUCAGAUGAAGCAUGGCUCGACGAAGGCGAGAGCGAGUAUGCUGACAGCAACGAGGGUAUCGAACCAUCUGAAUUUGCCUACGGUCAGCUACGUCGCUAUGCGGAAGAGGACCGCUACAGAUGCCGCCAGCGGCGUCGCAACGCUGCUAAUGGCUCUGGGGCCACGCAGUGUCCGAGAGCCGAGAUGCGCAUUUUCACGUCGGAGGGGAGGCUUUUCCGGUUCUCAAGACGUACACCAGCCCCGUUGUCGGACUCUCCUCCAGCCUUCCACCCUAGUCAGCCUUUGGUAGUGUGGCCCUUAGGUGGACUGCGGGCCCAGGUUCUGUUUGUCGACUAUGAAGAUAUCACCUAUUUUAUCCGAGAGAUUCGGACCGGCGUGUCGGAGCCCGAUUCCGUGAUCCUCACAAUGAGGUGUCAUUUCACUGACAACGGACAAUAUCUCCACAUCGCCGUGGCCGAAGGCCGUCCUGUGGUGCAUGGCAUGGCAGGCGACUCAAAUAAUGCGAGCGACGAUAUUCAAGUCCGGCUUUAUUGCUACCGUCUUUGCACGCAGAAGCCCACGCGAAGUCCGCCUCAUCUGGUCCACACCUCUUCAGUCAAUGUGGGCAUCUUUGACCGUGAUGCACUCUCCCCUCGAUGCCCUUGGACCCUGACAUGGACGCACACGUACCUAUAUGUAACCUGGAGCCACACGGCACUACUGGUCUAUCGUAUCCCUCUGUUCCACCAAAGGGACACCCCGGAUGACGUGGUAAUCCAGCGGCCUGGAGAGACAGUACUGUUGCCAGCAAGUGCUAGAUAUCGUGAUGUUUUCUUUUUCCCCUCAGAGGGUGACCAUCUGGCCCAGGUCAUUGUAGGCGGGCCAAUUGUCAGGGAGAAACGAUACGUUCCGCCGAAGGCAGGCCUAGCAACUCCAGUUGGUUGCAUCCUGCGCACCGCGGACCAAUUGGGCGGUUGGGUUGCUACAAACCAUGCUCCGAUGCCAAAGCGGUACAUGGAGGCUGGCCAACUCAACGUGCCGUCAGUGGAGCAGUUUGACCCCGAUGUGGACUGCGUCCUCGAACCUUUCCUAUGGCAGGAGUAGAGACCGGUAUGAAUCCAUGUCAUCGCUGCCUAGAUGACAACUAUGGAAUAUUAUUUGUGCUACAUAGAACCCAACAUGUCUGUCCCGAGGCAAGAGAACGAUUGAAGCAGGUGCAGCGCUUUGUGAUGUUGGCGCGCUCACAGGGUAAGCUUCGUCGCCCAGAGUCUUAACUCUCAAUACUGUCGGGUCGGAGUGACCCUUGCGUUGGGUGGAUAGGACGUCGAAACUCGUUCCCGUCGUACUGC